AUGGCUUCGACGGCUACGACAACUGAUUUCUUCAAGCCUUUCCUCUCCUCUCCUUUCUCCAAUGGGAAUGUGGCGCAACGAGGUAGUAGACAGAACGUGGUAUGGUUAAAUCGGAAGAAUCCUGGGAAUUACAGUAACAGGUCUCUUCGUGUUAAUGGAUUAUUCGGAGGCGGGAAGAAGGACAAUAACGAGGAUGGGCAAUCAAAGGCAGGAAUUCUUGGUAAUAUGCAGAAUCUGUAUGAGACUGUGAAGAAAGCUCAGAUGGUUGUCCAAGUCGAGGCUGUUCGGGUGCAGAAGGAGUUAGCUGUUGCUGAAUUUGAUGGUUAUUGUCAAGGCGAGCUUGUCAAGGUUACAUUAUCGGGUAACCAGCAACCAAUCCGCACUGAUAUUACUGAUGCAGCAAUGGAAUUAGGCUCCGAAAAACUAUCUCUACUUGUCACAGAAGCAUACAAGGACGCACAUGCAAAGAGUGUACUGGCUAUGAAAGAAAGAAUGAGUGAUCUGGCCCAGAGCUUAGGCAUGCCUCCGGGCCUCAGUGAUGGAUUGAAGUAA